UCACAAGGACUUGCAGAACAUCUCCGACACUUUCCUCACAGUGUUUUACGGGUGUGGUGUGUGGGCCAGAGUUUCCUCAGGUAGAUUGUCAGUUGAAUCUCAGUCUGUACGAGUGUCAGACUCACUAACAAGAAAGAGGGGACAGAUAUGGGGUACACAGAAAGAAAUGAGGGUGAGCCUUUGGAAUCUGUGAGCCACAUGGUGACUAAUCUACCUACAGAACAGCGUAUCUUCCUCACUGGGCAGUUGUUAUCCCUGCUGUUUGCCUUCCUGUUUCGCUGGUAUGUGUCUCCGUCGACAUGUGGUCCAAACCUCAGACACGGUGUUGCCUUUCUGCUGGGCAUAUGUCUAUCCCUCUACUGCUUUGGCUGGCUUGCCUUAUUUCUGAUAGGCGAGGUGGUCCUUGGGUAUCUCUUACUUCUCAUUGCUGACCCAAGAAGAGUGCAUGUGUUCACGUUGCUGAUGAGCAUGACAUAUCUAACAGUUUUCCACAUCAGAAGAUAUUUAUACCCAACAGAUGAAGAGCUGGACUUCACUGUGCCUUUGAUGAUGUUGACACAGAGAAUCAGCAAAGUGGCCUUUGAAUUUCACGAUGGCACUGUUCGGACCGACCAAGUGCUUAGCCCUUCACAGAAACGUCUUUCUAUACAGUCUCUACCACCUUUACUUACAUACCUCAGCUAUACCCUUGGGUUUCUGGGCCUGUUGGCUGGUCCCGUCUGUUCAUUCAAUGAUUACCAGAUAUUCAUUCAUGGUAAUGAAAAAUGGAAGAACCCAGGGGUGGCAGUCUGCAGAAAACUGAUGCUUUGUUCACUCCUUCUUGUUGCUCACCUAACACUCUCAGAUCGGUUCCUGUUGUUUAAUGAUCCACAACGCUCUGUGAUUGGCACCUUUUUCUACCUCUAUGUUGCUGGGGCCUCAAGAAGACCCAAAUACUAUUUUGCCUGGACCAUGGCAGAUGCCAUAAACAACGCUGCUGGCUUUGGAUUUAAUGGGAUAUCUGAGGACGGGACAGAGAGAUGGGAUUUGCUGUCCAACCUGGAUAUAGUAAAAAUUGAGACAGCUACAAGUUUCAAGGUGUUCAUUGACAACUGGAACAUACAAACAGCGAUUUGGCUAAAAGAGGUUUGCUAUGACCGGAUCCCAUUUAGCCCGCUGUUUGCCACAUUCAUACUGUCGGCAUUCUGGCAUGGUGUACAUCCUGGAUACUACCUCACUUUCUGCACUGCUAUUCCAGUUUCAUUAGCUGCUCGCAGGAUGAGGAGUACUAUACGACCGCUGUUCCAAGGCACAGCGAUGAACAGAGCUGUAUAUGAUGUGCUAACCUGGCUAUGUACGCAGAUAACAAUGAGUUACACUGUGGCACCCUUUCUUUUGCUUGAACUUGGGCAGUCACUGGAGCUGUACAGAUCUCUUGGUUUCUGUCUACACAUUCUCCCUGUUUUGGUGCUUCUAAUAUUACCUAAAAAUAGGAAACCACAUAUUGCAGACAAGAGCGUCAACAAGACAGUUUGUGACCGAAACUACAACCAUAUGAAGAAGCAAUCCUGAAACAAAUAAGGAUCUUGCAUUGUUUAUGAUGCAGAUAUGUAAACUGUCUUUUGUACUGCUUUCUACUGAUCCUUAUCACCAUUGAAACAUCACUCUGUACCAACCAUGGUCAAGCCUCAGUCCACAGUAUGUCACCAAACAUUACAGACCUAAAAAAACUUAAAGGUCUCAAUCAGACCUAGGGACAAGAAGUAAGAAACGUCAAAGAAAGAAGAUGUAUCUAUCGCCAACCAGACAAUGAUGCUUUUACUGGUGAAAGAUGUAUAUAACAAUUAUUCAGCUAAUAAUUGUUUAGAUAUUUAUUUUUAACAAUAAUCACAAUAUCACAUAUUUUUAUACUUUACUGUUGGUUUGUAGGUUUUUUUGUUCCUUUUUUAAGUACGGUAAGCCUGGAGCUUAUCAUGGACAGAUCGUCCACUAGCCAAAUUAAACCAAUUUCCAGAGAAACUGACUGAAUGCCUGUCUUUACAAAAUAUAUAUAUUUAAAGGAAUGUCCAUCUCUUGACAUUUUUUUAACCAGUAAGCAAGCAUUUUAAAACAAAUAUACAAACUAAAAUAAAGCAAGAAAACCUGAAAGUACGGUAUGUUAUAAAUGUUUGCAAAGGUACUAUAAACUUGGUCAAAUUGCACUGUUGGGCAUGCCGGUCAGCUAUAUAAGUUUCAGGGCUGGAUUUACUUGUCAGGUAGGCACUAACUUUUAAGGUCCCCCUGCUACCCAACCCAAAAAAGGCAUAUAAAUCAAUAUAAUGAAUGUAUUAACUGGACAUUGCAGGCCUAAAAGCCAUCUAAAAACAUAUUCAUAUUUGAC